AUGAAUAAGAGUACGGAUGAAUUGCUGGAGUCUUACAUCUCCGUGCAACAGUGGGAUAUGUUACUCACGAAGUUGGAGACUGAGUCUUUCUUCUGUCCUUCUGCGUUUGUCUUAGACGUUCUGUUCACGUUGGCGACGAUAUCGACAUACAACAAUGAGACGUUUAUAGCGCAAAAGUUUGGCAUACAAACGUCGGACAGACCAAUUAACCAACGAGCACUAUGGAUUCUUGAAUCCAUUGUACAUGCUGUCAUACAAUCCAGUGUGGCCACUAAUCAUGGUGAUGGCGAGAAUAACCUAUUCUCAUUCACGUUGGACAGUCCAACGUUAGUUUACUCAAGAAAGCAGCUCAUCCAAUCACUGGACUUCAUUAGAAACCGUGGCUUACACAAUCUACGCUCUAAAGCAAUGAAAAAGGCUCUGUAUAGUGAGAAUAAUGAUCUAUUUGACGAGAUAACAACGAGUCCUGUGAGAAAAAAGCUCAAAAGUGAAGAGUUUGGUAAGAAUGAUUCUCCACAGAAAAGAGCGUUAAAAUUGGCCUUACAACCUGAAGAUUCUCCUAUGGAUGAUGUUGAUCUACAAGAUGAAGCAGAGAAUAGAACUUUAGCAGUGUUGAAUAGAGAGAGAAUUGACGUUGCAUUGGCUGAAGGUCGCAUAUGGUCUGCAAUUUCCUGGUGUUUGUUCAAUGCCCAUGACGUUGAGGAUCCCUUGAAACAGGCUAUUGCAAACAUGUGGACUCCGAUAUUGUCCUUGUUUAUCAAGAUAAUGGAAUUAGAGAUGGACGAAUACAGUCACGAGAUUGCACCAAAUGAUGAAUAUCGGUCAGAGUUUACUGAGCUAGUAACUACAAAAUUCUUUGGCCAAGUUGGUCAUUACAGUUGGUCUACCAAGCUAAUAGAGGCAAUCUUUCCAGUUACAGAUGACAAGCAAAGGCAUAGGGUUGAAAAGAUCUUCGCCAAUGAAACACGUAUUGCAAAGGGUCAAUACUUGGUACCUUCACCCCAUGGCACCUUUACCUUAGCCCCCAAACUUGUAUCGCCUGAUAGUGUCUCCUUAAGAAAGUCAAUCUUGAAGCUCGCAAAUAACUGGCUUAAUCAAGGAGGUGAAGGUAAAUUCAGCAAAUGCUCAGUUGAUGACUUGAUCUCAUCCUGUUCCAUUUAUCUUUUCAACGGUAACAUUGAUGAUUAUCUUCUCUUUUUCAGACUCGAUCCAGAUGGUGAAUCAGAAGAAAAUGUUUCACUAUUAGGUCAAAUAUUGAUAUGCUCGUUGGUUCAAAUAUCAACACAUACCUUUGAUCAACCGGAAUCUGAUUGGUUCACUUCAAAGGGCUCUAUUACAUUUAUUCAGGAAUUACUUGAACUAACCACAUACAAGAAGAAAUAUUACAAUUUCGAAACAUCAGAAGGGUUCGAGAGGAUGGUUACCGACUUUUCACGUAUAAAUAUCAUCCUCUUUACCCUCUUCUCCAUUUGGUACAAAUUCUCCAAACUAGAAAUGACAGAGACGCAGAAAGAUAAGCUGCUACACUUGGCGCAAACUGGAGAAUCAAACAGGUUAGCAGCAUUGGAAGGAUGUAAAAGAGAAUUCAAAGAAGAACAGUUGAUAUACAUCUCUGAUUUAUUAAAAUCGGUAUUACAUGGGAUUUAA